AGGUGAAGGGCUCCAGUGUGCAAAGAGCCGGGCAAAGCGGCGAAAGUGGCACCGGGCAAGGGGGCAAAGUGGUCCGGGCGCGCGCCUGAAGCGGGGACCGGCGCCCUUUUCCUCUCCUCCUUGCAAUUAAGCGAGGGGGCGUCUGCAAACUCCCGCCGGCCCCUUUGCACGCACGGCUCUUGGAAGUCACCCCAAUAGCCAAGGUCAGGCGAGGAAGCCCGGGCGGCGCGCCGCGCCCGGGUUUUUUGGGGUUAGCUCUCGCGGAGCGAUUCUCCGGCGGACGUGCAGAGGGGAGGGCGGCCGUGGGGCGGAGAAAGUCCCGCAGCCAGCGCCGUCGGUGGCCGAGCUGUCGAGUCUCCGUCCACUUUGUGCCCCACCCCAACCCCAUUAUGAGAACGGCACUUCUGUGGCCCUGGAUCGUAGCCUUGAGUUACUUCGCACCCACAGGGUUGGCUGCCUAUUUCUUCCAGCAGCCUAUGGAUCAAGUGAUCGUAUCUGGACAGUCGGUGACUCUGGCCUGCGUGGUGAUGGGCUACCGAGGCAUGGUUCAGUGGACCAAGGAUGGGCUGGCUUUGGGCGGAGAAAGAGACCUGCCCGGCUGGCCCCGCUACUCCAUCGUUGGAGAUGCCUCUGCCGGGCAGCAUAACUUACGCAUUGAUUACGCUGAGUUGGAUGACGACGCAGUCUAUGAAUGCCAGGCUACGCAAGCGGCGUUGAGGUCCCAACGUGCCAAACUCACUGUCCUGAUCCCUCCCAACGAUCCAGAGAUCCAAAAUGGCCCCGUCGUGCAUGUGAUCUCCAACGUCCCCUACAACCUAUCCUGCCGGGCUGCCGGGGCCAAGCCUGCUGCCGAGAUCAACUGGUACCGAGACGGGCAGCGGCAAGAUUCUGCAGUGUAUUCCAAGGUGUUGAUGGAGGACAGAAAACGGGAGGUGGCGGUCAGCACCCUCCUCUUGACCCCCAGCAGCAGGGACAUGGGGUGCUCUUUCACGUGCCAGGUCAGCAAUCCAGCAGCCCCUGCUGGCAAGCAGACAACAGUCACCCUCAAUGUGCAAUACCCGCCUGUCGUCAUCUUAUCAGUCCAGCCGCAAACCGUCCCUGAAGGGGGCAAGGUCAGCUUCCUCUGCACGGCCACCUCCAACCCCGAAGUGACAGGUUACAGGUGGGCGAAAGGCGGCGUGCCUGUUCCAGAAGCCAACGGAGACAGCUACGAGGCGACGGUCGACCAGUCCUUCUUCACCGAACCCGUGUCGUGUGAGGUGUCAAAUGCUGUGGGAAGCACCAACGUCAGCACACUGGUGGAUGUGCAUUUUGGACCCCGUCUUGUAUCUCAGCCCAAACCCUUGACGGUUGAUGUGGGUUCAGAUGCCUCAUUCACUUGCACCUGGUCCGGGAAUCCACCUCUCACCUUGGCCUGGACCAAAAAGGGAUCUAGCGUGGUACUGAGCAAUGGAAACACCCUCCACCUGAAGGCAGUGACACAAGAGGACGCUGGCAUCUACGUGUGCAAAGCGAUUGUGCCCCGCAUCGGGGUUGCGGAGAAGGAAGUGACGCUUGCGGUGAACGGCCCGCCUGUUAUCAACGCAGAACCGAGCCAGCAGACAGCGGUGGGAGCCAAAGCACGGCUGGAGUGCUUGGUGGGGAGCAUCCCGCCCCCCGACAGGAUUGCCUGGGCAUGGGGUGAACGGGUGUUGGACUCCGGCUCGCUGGAUCGCUUUACAGUGGACACUGUUGUGACGGAGCAAGGGGUGCUCUCGGCCCUGCUGAUAGACCCAACCCAUGACGCCGAUUUUGCCCUCCCCUACAAUUGCACAGCUUGGAACCGCUUCGGCGUACGGUCCGCCGCUGUCAGCCUGCGCCGCCAAGAUGCUUUUACCCCCACCAGGGAAAAACCUACAGAGGUCUUGUCGGUCCUGAUCUUGGGGGUUUUGGCUUCCUCUGGUGUUGUGGCCAUUCUGCUUCUGGUAGUCACUGUCUCUCUCUGCUACCGGCGCAAACGCUGUGGAAAGGCCAAGCGGGGAACGCAGCUCUCCAAGGCCGACAUCCUGGUGCAGAUCACGACCAGCGAGAGCAGCCCCAGCCGACCAAGCGAGCCGGAAGACGAUAGCAAAGAACCUAUGCAGUGGUACAGUCCUUUGGGGAAGCCCCCGUCACCUGUACUUACGACGAAGGGACAUAAAGAGCUGAAGCUGGAACCGGGGAACCUGCUUUACCAAGCUCACCCUUCACCCUUCAUCUCUCUCCAGGCCACUAGCAGUGAAUCUCCAGCGACAUCCCAUACGGAGCACAGCGAAAUUCUGGAAGAUGAUGAAGGGAGUCAGGAGCUGAAGGACCCCACAAACGGCUAUUACAAGGUCCGUGCUCAUGAAGAGCCCUGCUUGGCGAGCAGUUUCUCAGAAUAUGCCCCCGGCCCCCGUCCUCUGUUUGGGGCCUCUUCCCUGUACCCUUCGGCCGGGCAGGUACAACCAAAGCUGUAUGAGUACUCCCACCGCUACACCCUGGGCACACCCAGCUCCCGCUCGGCCUAUGACCCCCACGAGCGGCUCUUCCCUCAGGAAAACUUGUACAGCGGGAGCACCUACCUCACAGCCCCCUACAGCCGCGCCUUCACUAGUUACGUCAAGCCCAGCAACUACGAGAAGGCCGAGAGCGGAUACGAGCCGUCGGACCAGGCCAGCAAGGCCUCAGGCUGUUCGCGCUUCUCGUAUACGUCCUUGUGUCAGCAGUCUGACUACGGGCGUCCUUCCCAGCAGCGCAUGCAGACCCACGUAUGACUCCUGCCUGACCCCGCCCAACUCUGAACGUCUUCGGAGGUCGCCAGAAAAAGGAACGGACGCUCGCUUUGGCGGACAGACUCAAACGGGCCAGGCCAACAGACUGGGGGUCCUAGACCUGAGCUGAGGACACAAUUCUCACCAUCUAGAGAAGGUGGCAGCCAGCCAGCUUAGCAACCUACAAGUUGGAGCCAAGAUGGCUGACGGCCGGUUUGCCAUCUUCCAAUUGGAGCCUGGCCCGUGACUGUGGCCAUGAGGACACCGGCGCUGUCUUCUUUGUGUCAGGAUGCAGCCAACAAGGGUGCGCCUUCUGCUGACAGUAGAAAUAGGCUACAAUGGAUUGUAGGAUAACUUGGCCUGGCAGAAUCUAGAUUCAAAAGGGUGGGUAGUGCUGGUCAUUCAAGGGAAAUCUGACAAGCCCGUGGACCAGGGCGUUGAAAACUGGUGAAAAAUAUGGUGCUAUAAAAGCCUCAGCGACAGGGCUAAGUGAUGCUCAGUCUGGCUCUCUAACGGGAUUGCCCUGAGGGCAACCUGCUGCCGUGAAGACUUGACUUUACACCUUACUGCAGUCGCAUGCUUCUGGGAAAUCUCUACGCAUGGGCAAUAAUGCUUGCAUUUUACUUUUUCCUGGCUUGAUGCUACGGUUAAAUUAUUCCCUCUUCCCCUCUUUACUUGGGGGCACCUCUGAAUUAAUACAGAUGCAACUGUCUACCCCCUCCCGUUUCAUAAAACCCAGACCCUCGUUCCAGGGUGAAGGCACCAAAAUAAAACAUCCGCGCUUCAUUCACCUGCAGUGAACUCAUCUGACCAGGGGGUGGCACUAGCAUCCCAACAAUUUAUGCCAUUUCACCAUGCCGAGACCUGAAAGGACUCCUAGGGCACAUACAACCUCUAUAAAGUCAAUCUGACAAAAAAAGACCGAGGGUGCAGCCCGGAAUGAAACAGGAAGCCAAAAGCAGAUGGGAUAUGUUUAUAUCUUUCUCUCUUUUAAAAAAAAAGUUAUUCUUUUUGCCUUAAAUGUAUUUCCCUGCUGUGACCGUUUUGAGUUCUCUAAUCUUAUCUUUCCAGAACCACUGUAUAUUAUUUUCCUUUUGCAUUUUUUUGAUUUAGAAUGGGAAUUCGCAGCGGCACGCUAUUAUCAUGCCUGUCUAUGUUGCGCUUCAUAUAGAAAGGAAAACGGGGGAAAUUGUAAAUGUAUUGCCUACUGCAGAACUCAAAUAUUUAUAUUUAAUUUUAAAAA